AUGUGGUUGGAGGGCCCGGAGGACAUGCCCCUUCUCAGCCUGCAGACUCAGGCCUCUGAUGAACUGAGCAAGGGAAAUGGUCCCUUUGCUCUAGCGGUCCGGACGAGGAUGAAGACUAAUCCUCGUACUUUGUAUUCCGGCGGGGCUCGCCCAGCGGCAUGCUCGACCCCUCCUCCCAUCCUCUUAAUCGCCUUGUCUCACUUUAUUCGCAGCAACACACCUUGUGAACAUGAGCAGCCGAGCAUCAUAGCGGCACAUCACAGACCCUCCUCCCCACUGUUCUCUCAAGGCGUAACCAACGCCGACACUGUGGUGAAUAUGCGGAAGGUGACCCAUCAGACCAUUAGCGAGGAGCUCUCCAAAACCGUUCUCCUUCCCUGCCUCUUCACCCUCCGCCCCGGUGCCAGUUUAUCCCAUGAGCCCCCCAGGGUCAAGUGGACCAAGGUCUGGGGCCAGAGAGGCUCCGACGGCCUGCAGAAGGAACAGUCGGUCCUCGUGGCCAAAGACAACGUGGUCAAGGUGAAGAAGGCCUUCCAGGGUCGUGUGACGCUGCCUGGUUACAAUGAGAACCGCUACAACGCCAGUCUCGCUCUGUCAGGGCUACGUUCCAGCGACUCCGGUCUGUACCGCUGUGAGGUCGUGGUGGGCAUCAGCGACGAGCAGGACACAGUUCCCCUGGAGGUCACAGGUGUGGUGUUUCACUACCGUGCCCCUUACGACCGCUACGCCCUCUCCUUCGCCGACGCCAAGAGAGUGUGUGUGGAGAACUCGGCCGUCAUCGCGACACCAGGCCAGCUUCAGGCCACCUUCGCCGACGGAUAUGACAACUGUGACGCCGGCUGGCUGUCUGACCAGACUGUGCGGUACCCCAUCCAGUCGCCUCGGCCCGGUUGCUAUGGCGAUCGCGAGGACUCACCUGGAGUCCGCAACUACGGCGAUAGGUCCCCCGAUGAGCUGUUUGAUGUCUACUGCUUUGCUAAGCAGCUUCAAGGUGAAGUCUUCCAUUCCUCAGUGCAGGACAGGUUGAGCCUGGCUACGGCCUCCACCCACUGCCAUUCCCUGGGAGCCCAGCUGGCCACCGUCGGGCAGCUUUACCUCGCCUGGCAGGCCGGCCUGGACCAGUGUGACCCUGGCUGGCUCGCAGACGGCAGCGCCCGCUACCCCAUCAACGUCCCGCGGAAGAACUGCGGCGGAGACGAGCCCGGGGUGCGGACUGUCUACAUCAACCCCAACCGCACCGGCUUCCCCGACACCACGGCCCUGUACGACGCCUACUGCUACCGAGCCCACCAGCCGGCGGGGGUCCAGGCCGCAGAGGCACGGGCUUUGUUCCAGGCCCCCGACCCAGCAGCAGAGCCCAUCUCCUCAGUCACCGAAGCCCAGCGCAGUGCCCCUUCUCCCAAGACAUCCACCUGGACCGGCGUGGUUGACUCGGACAACGCAGGAGUCCACUCCAUCGCUGGAACCAACAACUCCUCAGACAUCUCUGAAGAGCACGUAGUCAUCCACCUAAAUCCAGAGGAGGGCUGGGGUGAAAAACAGGAGGAGUCCGAUGGCACAAAUAGUAGCGACAUCAUGGGCCUCUCCGACCUUGAGAGUCUGGAGAGCCAUGGGGGUUCGGCUCAUGAAGAAGAAGAUGGCGGCUAUUUUGGAUCAUCCACGACAUUAUCAUCCAUAGCCUCUUCCACUCCCCAGUCUCAGACUAGCAACAGUGUGUUGGCUGAGUUUGUUAACACUCUGAUGAAGCCCUUCAGGUACUGGAGAGGAGGUGAGGAGGUGGAGGAGACAGAAAAGGGUCCGUCAGUUGCAGGAGAGAACCAGACGCAGGCAGAAACAUCCAGCAGGAACCUGAGUUUACCAAAACCAAGCGGGAACAAGGGCAGCGUGGACAACGCCAUCAUGGAGCACAGGAGUGGUAGUUUCUCCUUCAGGACUCCUACCAGUGGACUACAGAAUCCAGAGGAAGGUCUGUCAGAGCAGGAGAAGGAGGUGAUGCCACUGAUUCCAUUAGUGCCUGCAGUCCAAAGCGCGGGUCAAAAUGACACCUCCACUCAGCCAGAAGAACGAGCCUCCAGCACAUCUGCAGACAAUCCCCCAUCCAACGGUAACGGAUUCAGCGCAUCAGGUCCCAACGAGACAUCCCCACCCGGUGAACACGUCAACGUAUCCGGUCCUCAGGGUCCCAGAGGAGGCCCCGCUUCUGCGCCCGCCCCCAGCAGCCACUUUCGGUGGGCCAUCAAAUCCAUGCGUGCCUCUAAACUAGGCCCCCCUGGGAACGUGGCCUACGUGGGCAAACGUCCCACCUGGGGUCCCAUGGAAGCCAAAGCAGGGCCGCUCGAGGUGAUGACCCUGCCCACCUCCCUUCGACAGGACAACCCGGAAAACUACUCAGGCCAGGGGAAGGACCAGGAAGGAGAGGAUGCUAACUCUCUGUCAGCCGGCAGAACUGCAUCGGGGGAGGAGAAGGAGAUGGAGGGGAGCAGUGACGGAGGUAACUUUCCAGGUGGGUUUGGAUUGAAUGCCAAAAGCAGUCCUGAAACAAAGCCUUCACCCAGCCAAAGUCAGACUGAACUGGUGACUGUGGCAGAUCACACUACUCUGUCCCAGUGGCAGAUGGUUCAGCAGCCCACCACCCCACCUCCGAGCUCCCUGGAGCCAGACACAGCAGAGGAAGCCAGGGGAGAGAUCCUCUACGUCAGCAGGCCAACUGACGACCUCUCCUCGGCUUCCACACGGAGAGGUGAAAGUAGCUCAAAUUCAGGUUUCACACCCGGAGCCCUCAUGGAGGUGCUGACAACCUCCGAAGUGACCGCAGUGGAGCUCCUGACAACCAGAGACGCGCAGAGGACAGAUCCUAUCACCACAACAACCGCCACGGAGAACUCCUCAGAGAGCGCCACCACCGAGGAGACGUCUAUUUCCAUUUCCUGGGUUCAGGAAGAGAGGGAGAAAACAACGCCCGACCUCUCAGCUACUCCAGCGCCCAGUGACGGAUCUCAAACCACCACGGGUGCCAUUCAGUUGACCACCUUGGCGUCGGGCUCCAACGUUGGCGCCACAGAAAUGGAAUCCAGGUCUUCAGUGUCUGAGUCCUUCGUGGUCGGAAGCAGGUGGACACCUUUCAAAAGCUUGAGCCCGAAGUCGGAGGACCACAAAGCCCCGGUGUCCAAAGACAGGAAAGACACAAGCAACCCCUUCGGCAUCCUGGUACCCAACUGGACCUUCGGGCUCAUCCCAUCAGUGGAGAAUAACCCAUGCCAGACCAACCCCUGUCUCCACGGAGGGAGCUGCCUGCAGGAAGGUGACGGCUAUAGCUGCUACUGUCCUCAGGGCUUCUCCGGAGAGAGCUGCGAGAUCGACAUUGACGACUGCCAGUCCAAUCCAUGCCAGAAUGGAGGAACCUGCAUCGACGAGAUCAACUCCUUUGUGUGUCUUUGUCUGCCGAGCUACGGAGGAGCCACCUGUGAGAAAGACACUGCAGGCUGCGAGCACACGUGGAGGAAGUUCCACGGCCACUGCUACCGGUACUUCAGCCGCAGACACACCUGGGAGGACGCAGAGAAGGACUGCAGGGAGCACCACGGACACCUGGCCAGCUUCCACAGCCCGGCCGAGCAGAACUUCAUCAGAGGUCUAAGCCAUGACAACACCUGGAUCGGGUUGAAUGAUCGUAUAGUGGAGGACGACUUUCAAUGGACCGACAAGAUGGACCUGCAAUAUGAGAACUGGCGUGAAAACCAGCCGGACAACUUCUUUGCCGGAGGAGAAGACUGCGUGGUUAUGAUCGCUCACGAGAACGGCAAAUGGAACGACGUGCCCUGCAACUACAAUCUGCCCUACGUCUGCAAGAAGGGAACAGUGCUUUGCGGAGCCCCACCCACUGUGGAUAACGCCUUCCUGAUUGGUCGGAAGCGCUCCCACUACGACAUCCACUCCGUAGCGCGUUACCAGUGCGCCGAUGGCUUCCUGCAGCGCCACGUGCCCACUGCUAAGUGUCGUGCCAACGGCAAGUGGGACCGGCCUAAAAUCAUCUGCAUAAAAUCCCGACGAGCCCACCGCUACCGGCGCCACCACCACAAGGGAAGGAGGGAGCGCAGGAAGCACAAGAGGCACGGCCACAGAGAGGGAGGGCACCACGGAGGGGAGCUGGGCCACAACCACGGCCACAUCUGA